AGUUAGGCAAGAGGUGAAAAACAAGGAAGGGAGCUCUCAGUAGGUAGGCAGGUGUGUAUGUUUACUUCUUCUGAAUGUGUGUUGGAGAGGGAAAAAAUAAGGAUUUGGGGAUUUUAACACCACUCGGGCCUUUCUAAAGACUGAUAUGGACGUUCCGGACCCUUCCCAUGGGAAUAUGGGGCUGCUGAGAACCUUUGAUUCCUCUGAGUUUGGGAGCUGGGAGAAGAUCGGCUCGGGCGGCUUUGGACAAGUAUACAAAGUCCGGCAUGUACAGUGGAAAACAUGGCUGGCUAUCAAGUGCCCGCCCUGCCUUCAUGUAGAUGACAAGGAGCGAGCAGAGCUGCUGGAGGAGGCUAAGAAGAUGGAGGCGGCUAAGUUCCGCUACAUCCUGCCAGUGUAUGGGAUCUGUGGCGACGCCCAGGGCCUGGUGAUGGAGUACAUGGAGACAGGCUCCCUGGAGACCCUGCUGGCUGCUGAGCCUCUGCCCUGGGAGCUGCGGUUCAGGAUCAUCCACGAGACGGCGGUGGGAAUGAACUUCCUGCACUGCAUGAGCCCACCCCUCCUGCACCUGGACCUUAAACCUGCCAACAUCCUACUGGACGCACACUACCACGUCAAGAUAUCAGAUUUUGGUCUGGCCCGAUGGAACGGCCUAUCCAGAGUUGAUGAAAUCAGCCGUGAUGGGUUCUGUGGCACUAUCGCCUAUCUGCCGCCGGAGAGCAUCGUCGAGAAGGACAGGGUAUCAGACACUAAGCAUGACGUCUACAGCUUUUCGAUAGUCAUCUGGGGAAUUCUCACACAGAAGAAACCUUACCAAGGGGAGAACAACAUCCUGCAGAUCAUGGUGAAGGUGGUGAGAGGGGUGCGUCCCGAUCUCAAUGUUGUGCCCCGGAGUCGACCCCAAGCCUGCACAGGGUUCCUGAGCCUCAUGCAGCGCUGCUGGGCCUCCUUACCUGAUGCCAGACCCAGCUUCCAGGAAAUCACAUCAGAAGCCGAGGAGCUGUGUUCUAAACCCCAAGAGGAGUCCAAGAACCAAACUCCUAUGCCUGAGAAUAACCAUUGCAAUGGACUAACCACUGACCAGAAUAAAGAGCAGAAGCCAGUCAGGCCCAAGUCUGCCAUGUUGCCAGAGAAAGACUACAGCCUAUCAGAGCUGCUGAGCCAGGUAGACUCUGGGAUAUCUCGGAGCUUUGACCAUGUGAAGGACUGCUGUCCCAGCAAAGACAACACCAGCAAGAGACUGUCAGGAAUCUCCUCUGUAGACUCUGCCUUUUCCUCUCAAGACUCCAUUACCCUCUCCUUUGAGAAAGAGAAUACCUGUGACUCUGGGGAGGUGCAGAGGAGGAAGCUGUGUGACGCCAUCCGUACCAAAGACAUGUCCAAGCUGAUGAAGAUCCUGCAGCCUCAGGACGUGGACCUCCUAUUGGAGGGCGGCUACAGCCUGCUCCACCACGCCGUCACGCAGGCCAACGAGGAGGCCGUCAAGUUCCUGCUCCUCAACCAUGCCAACACCAACCUGGCCAAUGCCCACGGCUCCACCCCCCUCCACCUGGCCACCGAGAAGCACCUGAAGGGCCUGGCCGAGCUGCUGCUGGGCCGCCGGAGCACCAACGCCAACGCCCGGGACGAAGACCAAUACACAGCCCUGCACUGUGCUGCUCAGAACGGGGACGAGGCCAUCACCCGCCUACUGCUGGACCGCGGCGCCUCCAUCAAUGAGACGGACGCCCAGGGACGUACACCUGCACACAUCGCCUGCCAGCAUGGCCAGGAGAACGUGGUCAGGGUGCUGCUAAGCCGCGGGGCAGACGUCCACGUGAAGGGCAGAGAUGACUGGACGGUGCUUCACUUGGCUGCCUGGCAGGGCCACCUGGGCAUCGUCAAAUUGCUGGUGAAGCAGGCAGGGGCGGACGUAGAUGGGCAGACCACUGAUGGCCGCACCCCGCUGCACAUGGCCUCCCAUAGGGGGCAGUAUAGGGUGGCAAGGAUCCUGAUAGAGCUGGGGGCAGACGUCCACGUGACCUCCACGGGCCUCCACACCCCCCUGCAUGUGGCGGCUGAGACAGGCCACACCAGCACCUCUCGCCUCUUAGUCAAGCAUGAUGCCGAUAUCCAGGCCCGGACCACCCAGGGUCAUACCGCCCUUCACCUCGCUGCUCAGCGCGGCCACCUGCCCACAGUGAAGAUGCUGAUCGAGGAAGGGGCAGACCCCUACUGCACCAACCAAAACCUGCGUACCCCCUGCCACCUGGCGGCAGAAGGGGGACACUGUGAGGUCUUCAAAGAGCUUCUGGUCCACUGCCAUGAGGGUGCCAGUCUGUCAGACGAGCAGGGCCUCACCCCUCUUCACCUGGCUGUGAGAGGAGGCUACACAGAUAUCACCAGCAUGCUGCUAGCCCAGGGGGUGGAGGUAUCACAAGAAGUACCACAGGACUCCAUACCCCUACCAGAGGAAGUACCACAGGACUCUAUCCCCCAUGACACACUGCAGCCAGCAGCAGAGGACUACCCAAAGCUUCUGGAUUAUCAGCCAAGCUCGUUGGCCAAGUGUCUCCAGAGAAAGGUUGUAAUCUUGAAACUGACGGAGCGUGAAGGAAAUGACUGUCCAGAGGAGGGAGUCACGCUGUGACUGGAUUGUACAGAACUGUCCUGGAAUUAAAAACAGUCAGGGAUCUCAUCUAUUCCCUUCCCCUUGGAUGUGAUGGGAGAGGUGUCUCGAGCUAAAGAGACCAGCUGUUGUAUUCGGUUUUUUUGUACAUACUAUUUUGAUUGUGUCUUAUUUUUAUGGCAGUCUGUGGUUGAUCAUUCAUUUCCAGAUGUUAUGAUUAUUUGGUUAUUUGGGCCUCUCAAAGCCCCUGUUACCGCCCUUCAUUACUUUGGUAUCUUGUCAGAGAAGGAAAGUUUUAAUGUAAAUAUGUAUACUGUAUAGAGAACCAUGAGCUCAUAUAAAUCACUUUGUUCCUUUAUGUUAAAUAUAGACUCCAUGUCAUGUUUUUCCCUUAAUAGUGUAGCUUUUCUACUUUGCAUAUGCACAUUCAUGGCCCCCAGUAAAAAAUAAUGUUGACAUUAUCUGUGGAAUGCCAUUUGUAUUUUCCUUUGCUAUCGACUUACUGUAGCUGGUAUGUUUAAACAUGUGUAUAAGCUAUAUUCUCUAAUAAAACAACAGUGUCAAUA